GCGGCGUUGCGCAUCAGACGAACGUAGCUGCCAAUAGAACGUUUGUUUAGCCUCUUCUGCUUGACUGCUGGUUAAAUGUAACUGAGUCUGCAGUAGGACGACAGAUAGGACCGAAUCUAGAGGUAGCUAGGUCGACGAAGAACAAACGGGCGGCCGGCUGCAGAAAGCAAGGAAAAACGGAGGGUACUUUGAAGCAAACACAUCGCGUCACACAGCCCAGCAUCACAACAGAAAAACAGCAGCAUCAGCCGAAGCGGCAGGGGCCGUGGCUGGUAUCAGCCUCUACGCGACGCGAUCGUUGAAUAAAUGCCGGCUGUCUUGCUAUAAUCAUAGCGGCAGCGACACCAACAGCAAACGAUUGAACAAAACAGCACUGACUGGCGCAAGGCGGCCCCUCGUUGUAAACAGAGAAAACUGAGGGAUACCGAGCUACGAAUAAACGAAUACGAGAAGAGUUGCGUCGGGUUGUUGUGUGUGAGCAAAGUGUAAAGUGGCCCAACGACGACGAAGCUCUUUUUACCUUUUUCGUUCAUUCAUCUGAUAAAAACUAGAAUCGAAGAGUGGAAAAUUAGCUAUAGUUGAACGUUCACAAGCACGCAAUACCGCCCCGUGGCGCAGAUUUAGGCACAAUUUUGUCUUAGCAAUUUAUUAACACGACUGGCGACGCGACUUUACUAACGGUAAAAAACGAACGUUCGAGUGUAUGCCGACGAGCCCAAGUAAACCCGACCGUGGGCUAACUGCGACUAUUCAUCAAGGAGGGAUGUGUUUUCAAGAACGCUGACAUUAAAAUAAUCUCCUAAAUAAAGAAGGAGACAACUCGAUCCGGGAUUAGUGUUUUGAGAAUUUGAUGUUCCAGGUAUGUCGGCAAGUGCUAGCGCAGGUCAGUGAGUCAGCGGCAAGGGCAGUACGCCCUUCCGCACCAACAACGUUCGGACGGUGGCACACCAAAAAAAGUUGCAUAUAGUCUCUCGUUCUGAUCAUGCUGGUAACGAUUAAGCAAGUAAAAGCAAACGAAACGCGUCUAAGGCAAGGAAUUUUCAGUUUGAAGUCGUGUGUAUUUUAGUAGACUCAAAAAGGACCGGCCGCACAGACACUUAGAGUAUCCUUCAGUACAGAGACGACCGCGGCACAAGAUGAAGGGCGCGCUAUUAAUAGCGAUUGGCGCGAUUCUCGUAGGCAGCGCACUGUCAAUCAAAUGCUGGGAAUGCAAGAGUCACGCAGAUCCUUUGUGUGCCGACCCAUUUGACAACACGACACUUCCAAUUACUGAGUGUAACCGACGAACGCUGUCGCAUAUGCCCACACUUGUUGCUACAAUGUGCCGGAAAAUACGGCAAAAGGUAAACGGGAACUGGCGCGUCAUCAGGUCCUGUGCGUAUUUGGGCGAGCCCGGAGAGGGUCACGGCGACGAGAAUUAUUGUCUCAUGCGGAGGGGAACGUUUGAUGUUUUUGUUGAGACAUGCACGUGCAACUCGAAAGAUGGGUGUAAUGCCGGACAUAACUCAACAGCCGCUUCACCUCUGGUCCUGCUAAUUAUAGCAGCUAUCGCAGCUAUGGCUAAGGGUUCCAUGUCAAGCCUGACACUCAUCAGAUAAUGUAAACGCACAUCUUUAUUAGAAAGUAGAAUGGUGCUUUUAUCCUUUACGGCUACACCUUUUCAUGUGCUAGCUGUUUAGAAAUCUGUUGCCAAUAUCGUGUUUUGAGUGAGUGUGUGUAUGUGCAUGUAUAUGUGUUAUUUGUUUUUCUUUCAUGUCACCCGUCUUUUAGCUCUCAUCUAAUUGUGUCUAAGACGGGUUUGUCAGAGCUUGAUCAAACGAUUUCGAGGAGAAUGUGCGGGGAAGAUACUCUAUUGGCAGCUCCUCCUGCUUUUAUCUUUCUUAUCUUGAUUGUGGAAGAUUCGGGAUUCGGCAGUAAGACAUACCGCUCCUAAACAACUACGUACCACUGCCAAACCUGCCAACUCGACUAUGCUGUUCGAUAGGUUACCAUCUGGCGAUAACAUCAACAAUGUGUAAGCGCGUCGAUUCUGGGCACCACCAAAAUUCACUCAAGGACCACAAGAGGACGUGAGACGAAACUUAAAAGAAUGAAGCCAGGUGGAAAAGCGGCCUAUUGCCAUACCUAUAUCUGAAGUCAUUACAAAAUCAAAAACAGUUAGAGAGAUGGCAAAUAGUGAAAGAACAAAUAACCUUGAAAGAUUUUCUGUGACCCAGUUACUCCUUUUCAUUGCGCUCACCGUUAACUUUUAUUGAGAAAGUAAUUUGGUCCACCGUAUUUAGAGCAAGAAUCGUAGCAUUCUCCUAGCUCUUCACAGUUUCAUGCGUAACGUCUAACGACAAAGCCACAUGUUAGACAUUUUUUCAUGUAAAACAUAAAAUAAACUACACCAGCUGCGAAACAGCCGCCAUACAAACUUUAUCUUCAACUUAUGUAAGUAGAAUAUACAGUAUUGUGCUUGGCUGACACAUAAGGCAGAACAGGGAUGCCCUUAACAGAACGUAUGACGUAACAUGAACAAACCCUAAAGUUGAUCAUAUCGAUUCAUGGCUGACAUCAACUAUUAGAGGUAACUCCUUUAAUGUCACCUUUAUAGAAUAAAAACAACAGGCGGCUUCUCAGUGUCUAAUAAUAUGUAAAUACAUAUAUAUACAAUA